AUGUCUUCAUCAAGACGAACCCGCAGGACGGACCAAGACACCUUCACGCGCACGGGUUCAGAAGCCGUGACUUACGACCUCUCGGUGCGCGACCAGGCCACGAUCCGGGUCCCGGUUGGCUCCGCGUGGACAUCCGGACCCCACUGGCAUGACUCGCACACAGAGUUCCUGCAGGUACUAGCUGGCUGCGCGCGCGUCACGCUGUCCGGUCGGACAUUCUGCGUCGGUCCUGCCGACGGCGUGGUCACGGUGCCACGGGGCGCGGUGCAUGAGUGGCGUCGCGCUGACCGGGUAGAGGAUGGAUUAGGUGCAGCCGAGCAAGAUUCAGGGGCAGACAUGAGGGAGUUGGUCGUGAGAGAAUGGACGGAGCCGAAGGACGGCGCGAAGGAAAUGUUCUUUCGCAAUUUAAACGGGAUUAUCCUGGAUGCUGCCGCGGGGAGCGACGCGCUCGUGACGCUGGAACUGUGGAAUUUGUUCUGGAGAGCGGAUAAUUAUCCGGUUACGCUGGGCGUGGGGUGGGUUGGUGGUGUGGCUACUAGGGCUGCGAUGGGUGUUGCGGUUGUGAUGGGGUGGGUGUUGGGGCGGAGGGGAGUGUAUAAGGAGUAUGGCUCGAAGUGA